AUGUCUACAGCGCUCCAAGCCAGUACCCCGCCAGGUCCCCUUCGUCUGCUGGUGUUCGAUGCUGGACCCCCUGUGGGAGCGCUUAUGCAAUUGCUCAUCCUCGAGAACAUACUGAUGCAAGUGGACGAAACUAAGGGCACCAAUUGUCUAUAUGCUCAUGAACACUUUGACCUUAUCGCUGGAACUGGAUUGGGAGGGCAAGUUCCAUCGACAAAGCUCAUUGCGAUCCUACUAGGGGGGCUUCGAAAGCCAAUAUCCGAGGUGAAGGAAAAGGUCAAAGCUAUCUGUGAGGCCGUCUUCUCCGAAUCCGGGAGCGAUAGUCGCGAUCAAGGUGGCCUCCUUUCAAAAUUAUUGGGCCCUAUGCCUCCCAGUCUUGCCACUGAGAAGGAGACUUUGUUCAGUGUGGAAAAGCUGAGGAGAGCACUGAGAGAUGUCUUGCAUCUUAGGGACAACCCGAACGAUCCAGAGCUCCAUAUGGACAACACUCACGGGAGCAAACAUGACCAGUGUCUAGCCAAUAUGGGAGACAGCACUCACCUUCGCACCUACAAGACUCGCAGCGAGAACAUUGAGUGUACAAUGUUGGAGGCACUCACAGCUACCAUCGCCUCAUCCGACCUAUUUAGCAGUGAAGUUACCUUUGCUUCCGGGUCUUCUUAUGUUGGAGCGGGCUUAGGCAUCAACAAUCCGAUACGAGAGAUUUUAAUGGAGGCGAAGCAGAUAUACGGCGAAAGUCGGCAGGUCGGGUGUCUCCUUAGCAUUGGUACUGUGGAUAUUCCGCCAUCCUACGAUACACUCGCGUUGGAGGAUGACAAAAAAAUGCUGGCCGUGCUGGAUGCGAUCUCUGAUUGUCGUCGUACAGCAAGUGCGAUGAAUGAAAAGCUGUCGGACGCCGUCAUAUAUCAUCGCUUCUCCGUGCAAGGGCCACUAACUUGCGCUCGAGUCAUCGACUGGAACCGUGUCGACUGUCUAUCACUUGUCCACCAUUACUUGCAAGGAGAAGCUACUGAAAAGAUAGAAGCUUGUGCUCACAAUGUUGAUAUAGAUCACUCUAGGGCUAUGGGUGUGACUGUGAGACAGCCCCCUCCUCUUCUACCGUACUUUGUCGUACGAGAAGAGCCGAUGAAGAUUUUGAUCCAAAGACUUCUUCCAUCUGCAAAAUCGGAGAGAAGAUUAGUCGUUAUCACUGGCGAAAAGGGGAGCGGAAAGUCACAGCUAUCAUCGUACUUUUGCGACCAGUUUAGUCAAAGUAGCGAAGCUACAAUUCAGAUAGACCUCCAGAAUGCGGUGAGAUCACUGGGGUAUUCUCACCGCCAUGCGACUUGGGAAGACGCACUCGCAGUACUAGCAAAGGGCCUACCAUCUAAAGACGAACCCAGAAAGGAUUGGCUGCUCGUCUUUGAUGAUGCUCGUGUCAAUGUCGCUCCCUUCAUCCCAAGUUGCCAACAUGGUUCUAUUCUCGUCAAUAGUCAGAGUCGUGUACGCGCGAGCUUGGUAGCAAAGGAGAAUCAUGUUCAGCUCGGGCAGCUAUCGGAGAAUGCGGCGCAAGCGGUUUUCUUCAAAGUUAUCCAGGAACCUAAACCUUCAGAGUCCGAUAUUCAGACCGCGGAAGAAUUAUUUAGGGUGAUCGGAAGGCUACCGCUUCACGUCGUCGCAGCUGGGCUUUACUGGUAUAGGAUGUCGCCAUCAAGGGACGAAAACCCGCAUUUAUCCGAAUCUGAAGAAUUUAUAGAGUUAUUCAAGAGCGGUACAGUCGAUAUGGAGCUGUUGACGAAGAGUUUGCCCUUUCAACGGGAUGGCUAUGACGAAGAUUGA